UCGGGCAAUGGCGCACGAGGGUCCCUCUAAUUUGUUUUUGGACCGUGGAGUGGCACUUGCCGGAUUGAUGCCUCCGUCAGUUUGGUCGGGAGAAGUGCAUUCCGUUGGAGGUCCCCGAUAGUCAAAGGGCCUUUCAUGGCCGAGAUGGUCGGCAAGGUACUCGCGAUUGGCCCACGAAGUUGGCAAACUUCAUCGCGAUUUGGGAGAACCGACAAUCCCAAGAUAUUGUCACUCGAACUCAAGUGGGCCGAAUGGGGUAUCAUGACCCAUACUUGGAUCGAUAUCGGCAAACAUCGGUUCGUUACAUGACUCCGGAGGGUGCGGCCGAUGGUGCAUUGGCUGAUGGGAUCGAGCGGAUCAAAGAUAUGACCACCGGGAGAACUGAGUUGGGCAAUGAAGAUGUGAGCUUCAUCAGGAG